CGUCUCCGCCCAAGCGUCGAAUCCACAAUCGCAAAUGAGAAUCAUAACGAUUUGUGAAAGAAGUCACAACUAACUCCACGUGCCACCGCGAGACAGCAAACGCGUGCCCCACCACCCCUCCCCUCAACCCCCACCACCAAUUCCUCACCACAACUGCCUUUUCAACAUCCCAACGUCACUUCACCAACCAACACCCGUUCGCCAUCGCACCGCUCCCAAAGAUGGCCUCUCCGACCCUCGCAACCCUCCAAUACAUAACCCGCGACACCCUCGCCUCCACCAUCUCCACCAACGCCUCGCUUCCCCCAGACACCGCCAUAAUCGACGUUCGCGACAGCGACCAUAUUGGCGGCCACAUCCGCGGCAGUACAUGGGUGCCUAGCUCGACGCUGGAGUACAAGAUGCCGGAGCUGCUGCGCACACUGCGCGAUAAGGAGGUUGUGGUGUUCCAUUGCGCGUUAAGUCAGCAGCGGGGGCCAGGGGCAGCGUUGAAGUACUUGAGGGAGAAAGAAAGGGUGGAGGCAAAAGAGGAGGCAAAGGAGGAGGUGAAAGAGGGGGUGAAGGAGGGGGUGACGGAGGAGGGGGAAGGGAAGAAGGGGGGACAGAGGGUCUACGUGCUCAAGGGGGGGUUCACAGAGUGGCAGGAGAAGUACGGCGAGGACAAGGUGUUGACGGAGGGAUACCAGAAGGACAUUUGGGAGUUUGGGUACUGA